GCGGAGCAACCAUGUCAACAGAAAACACACAGCGCCGUGGACAUGAAACUUCCAAGUCUAUUUCUGCUCCCGAAGCGUCGCUUUUGCGUGUAAAUGCAGCGGCUCGAGAAUGAGAGGCGUCCACCGCGGAGUUGUGUUGCUUUCCUUGUUGUCGUUGUUGUUGUUGUUGUUCGCGAAUAAGUGCGUGCCAGCGCGCGCCGAUAGCGAAAACCCGUUGGAUCUGCGGGCGAGAGACGACGGCGGAGGGGACGUGGAGCACCAGCAAACCGUAAUAACACACGAAGAAGAAGAUGGACACGGUCCAGUCGACCAGAAGAAGGAGGCACAGCCUGUCGGCAAGUCCAAUGACACCGACACCGUGGGCAACGAGACCCUCCAAUCCACGGCGCCCGCCGUCAAGCCGACGACCCCGGCGCCCCCGACCGCCAAGCCCAUCCUGCCGGUGCAGACGGGGGUCAAGGCCCAGGAAGAAGAGCAGUCCAGCGGUCUGACCAUAUUCUUCAGCCUGCUGGUUAUUGCGGGGUCUGACAGUCUUCCCUCCAGCAAUACGUCCUGGGUGUCCAGGGUCCAGCAAUACGUCCUGGGUCUCCAGGGUCCAGCAAUACGUCCUGGGUCUCCAGGGUCCAGCAAUAUGUCCUGGGUCUCCAAGGUCCAGCAAUACGUCCUGGGUCUCCAAGGUCCAGCAAUACGUCCUGGGUCUCCAAGGUCCAGCAAUACGUUCUAGGUCUCCAAGGUCCAGCAAUACGUCCUGGGUCUCCAAGGUCCAGCAAUACGUUCUAGGUCUCCAAGGUCCAGCAAUACGUCCUGGGUCUCCAAGGUCCAGCAAUACGUUCUAGGUCUCCAAGGUCCAGCAAUACGUCCUGGGUCUCCAAGGUCCAGCAAUACGUCCUGGGUCUCCAAGGUCCAGCAAUACGUCCUGGGUCUCCAAGGUCCAGCAAUACGUUCUAGGUCUCCAAGGUCCAGCAAUACGUCCUGGGUCUCCAAGGUCCAGCAAUACGUUCCAGGUCUCCAAGGUCCAGCAAUACGUCCUGGGUCUCCAAGGUCCAGCAAUACGUUCUAGGUCUCCAAGGUCCAGCAAUACGUCCUGGGUCUCCAAGGUCCAGCAAUACGUCCUGGGUCUCCAAGGUCCAGCAAUACGUUCUAGGUCUCCAAGGUCCAGCAAUACGUCCUGGGUCUCCAAGGUCCAGCAAUACGUCCUGGGUCUCCAAGGUCCAGCAAUACGUCCUGGGUCUCCAAGGUCCAGCAAUACGUCCUGGGUCUCCAAGGUCCAGCAAUACGUCCUGGGUCUCCAAGGUCCAGCAAUACGUCCUGGGUCUCCAAGGUCCAGCAAUACGUUCUAGGUCUCCAAGGUCCAGCAAUACGUUCUAGGUCUCCAAGGUCCAGCAAUACGUCCUGGGUGUCCAGGGUCCAGCAAUACGUUCUGGGUCUCCAGCAGGAUCUGAGCUCUCCUCCUCCUUCCGGAGCUCCGACUGCAGGUCCAAGGCUGCAGGUGAACCCGGAUCUAAGUCUGUCCACAGUGGACUGGUCUCUGCUGGAUCUGAGUCUGUCCACGGUGGACUGGUCUCUAAAGGGAGUCUGAGCUGAAGGAGGUUCUGGUGAACCUGCAUGACGUCAUCUGGUUUCACCAGAGUCCGACCCGGUGGCACCGACGAGGAGCUUUAAAGAAGAACUCUCUAGAACCAGACCAUCUUCUCUCUGACGGUCUCGUUUACUGAUGCAGGUCUAUAGAGGACCAGGACUACACUGAGUCCCUCACAGUAACUUUAAUACCAUCUCAUCAGUGGUUUGACUAGCGAUCAAUAAACAAGAGUACAAUGUAGAAACCACACAUUAGUCCUAAAUAUCACUUUGUGCUUUAAUUGGGCCUGAAUGUAACCGUCUCCCUCCGGACUCGACGGUCCAGCGUUCUUGAACCCACCUCCACUUAGUUUAAGGGCUUCUCUCAUUUGCUGCACUGCAUUUCUGCCGUUUACUUUUCUCCAUUGUGGCCUCAGGGGGCGUGUCAACAUAAUUAAUGCUAAUAUGCCACUGAUUUUAUCACGUUGAAUGUUGCCUAUUGAAUGUUGUGUUUUUUUUAAUUGGCUAAUUAUCCCUCUUGUACAGUCUUCAGGGCUACCAUUUUAAAUGUCAGUGAGCUACUUUGUGGUCAUUUAUGUCCAUGUGAACUCAUUUGCGUGAAAUACUUUCAUAAACUAGUAAGACGUGUAUUCAUAUACAUGCGUUGAGACUUUCCGGGAGCGGAAAUAAAAGUCUGAGCUGUA